AGCUUUGGAUAAAAGCAUGUAAAUAUUUGGCUGAAAUUGUGACCAAACCAAAACUUUAUACGUUUCGAGGCAUUUAACAACAUUUUAAAGCAUUUAGAAAUACGAACUUUAGUGCACGUUUAUAUGCUUAUGAAUGAGAGAAAAGUAAAGUGUGCACGCAUAAAUUAUAAAACGGAUUUAGCACAAUUUUAUUAAUUAAACUUUGGUGUCUGCAAUUGCUCGGGUUGCUGUGUUGUGUUAAAAAACGUCAACGUGCUCUGCUCGACGUGUAGUUCCUCUGCCGCUUCUAGUUUUCGACGCGUUGCUCUUCUUAUCAACAGUAGUAUUUAGCAGAAUUUUACAACGGCGUUGAUGUUGUUUAAUUUCGUUUAGAUUUUUUUGUUCCAGCAGAAAAAGCAACCAAAACAUCCUAGAGGAUUUGAUGAACGAGAUUUUCAUAAUUAAAAUUGAGAAAAUUAAAUUUUUAAUAGGUGUGUGUUUGUUGGCGAAGAGACUCACUCCGGGAAAAAAAGGCGUACUUGCAUCCUAAACAUGGGAUUUGUGCGCGACUAAACCACGGUUCUGACGCUAACACGUAACAAAUGAUCAACAAUAGCACGCACCAAGCAUUCAUCCGUAUAUGCAAAUAAUAGAAUACAAAUAAAAGCUUAAUCAACAACUUCCUCUGCUGCAGAGCUAUUUGAAGACGCGCAGCGACUGCGACCAGGGCAAGCCAAUAACAAAAUACAAAGAAAAGAGUACUAAACGAGCGUACGCACAGAAAGCAACACUGGCAAUCAUACGAAAUUGCCCUACCUACAGCAAAAGCAACAAGAUAGCACAAAGCGAAUAGCUUGUAGAUUUAAUAUUGACCAUGCUUUUUUUCUCAUAAAGGCAUUAUCAUUUUUCAUAGUCAAUGAGAAGUUAACUCUGUAAAUUUAAGAACCAGCGGCAAAUUAUUAAUAUAAUAAUUUUGUACAUUUAUCUCAAAUAAGCAAUAUACCAGGGCGCGAAUUUGGCAUCCCCGCAGGCCGGUAAGAUUUUUAAAAAUUGCAACGCAGCACUGCAACCCGAUCUUCGCGUCGCAGUCAACGUCGCAGCAGCGUUGCCAUUGCUGCUGCCAUAAUUUUUUGUUCGUUUUAAUCCGUCCGCGGUUCAGAGGAGUGGAGCGAGACAUUUUCAAAAGCAUCCAGAAUACUUCCGGAUAUAAAACGCAAAAUCUUCCAAAACUGAGUGAUUAAAAAUUCAUUUAUUCAAUACAUAUUAGUGAAACUCUCACGCGAAAAGAAUAUUAACAAUUACGUCAACGUGUGGCAAUAGACUAUUCUCCAACCGUCUGAAGAAAAAUACUUGGUGGAUGUGUUAAAGAAUACAUUUAUAAAAAAAAAAAACUUAAAUUUUGAUUAACCUGGAUCAGACUUGGUGCAGUCAUUACCUAGUUUACAAGUUCACAGCGGAGUCGUCAACUUGUUCAACUGCCGGAUUAGAUAUUGUUGGUGCAGUUACUGCGCCAGCAAAUAUCUCGGGGCUAUCUGAAAAGAAAAUUACAUUUUAUUCCUUUUAUUAUGAAUAAUAACAUUACAUCAACACCACCAAGUGGUUCGGCUGUUUUACCAGUUCAGCAUCAGAAUCUGCAUCAGACGCAACAAGCGUAUGCUUCGCAUUUUAGUGGGAACUCGGUGCUUCAGUUAUUACCAUUGCAAAUAAAUGGAUCUGGAAUAGCUGGCAGUGUGAAUGUAGCCGGUGCAAAUAAUAGCGGUACAAGGAUUACAAACCCCACCACCUGCAAUGUUGUAACAACUAAUGCAAACAAUAGCAGCACUUUAACUCUUAUACCACAGCUUUCAUUUAUUUCAUCAGGUGUUGCUCCUGCACCACUUUCUGCCAAUGUUGGCGAUUUAAGUACAAUGCAACAGUCGACAACAUCUGUUUCGCCUAUGAUCAGCGUAAUUUCCAGUUCCCAUAAUAGCCAACCUAAUACAACCAGCUUCCUAAUACCAACUGGUAUUCAAAAUAACUCUAUCUCAUCGGGAUCUGGAACUGCUGUGCCAAUUAAUGUCAUUCUAACUGGAACAAGUGGUAAUGUAAUCUCAGCCGGCAACAAUAAUACAGUCUUUACUACGGGAGUAGCCGGAGGCCCACAAGUGGAUAUACAACCUAAUUCGGUGAUUCCUGCUUCCAUACUUAUACGCAACCGCCAACAAUAUCAAUCUCAAGGAAAUACCAAAACAACGGCAUGUGCUGCAGUGCGCAGUAAUGUUGACCAUCAAGCCGGAGCACUUACCAUUUUAGAUCAAGAAAUUGUUAAACAAAUCGUUGUUGGUAGUACAUCGAAAAAUAGUGUAAUAACUCAGGCAUCCUCGUCAAAUGCAAAUAUUGCAAGUAAUUCUUCCCAAACUUUAUUAAAAUCGCCAUCAAUCACAGGCAACGUUGCGCCAGUAAAGCACCAGGAUGCCUCCAACAAGACCACAACACUACUUACUCAAGCACCGGUAAUACCAACAACAGCAGCUACUAGCACAACACAAACUUUGAAAAAACAAUACCAACAGUUGAAGGCAUUGCAUUCUACUUCUAAAGGAACAAGUAUUUUACAAAGUUCGACUACCAAUAAACUCCCUUUAUCCGAGACUGUUCAAGCCGCAGCUGGUGCUUCAAGUGGAUCAAGCCUUAGGAGUAUACGUCGUGAAUCCGGUGUGUUUAACGUGGAUUUGUCAAAAGACGCACGUGAAAGUAUACCUCCACCAGUAUCUACCUCAGCUACCUCAGUAAUGGAAACGUCGAACCAAACGAAUGUAUCGGUUAUUAAAACCCACUCGGCUAUUAACCCAAAUGCUAGCGGCUCAAAAGCAAUGGUAGAUGGUGCGAAUUUCAAACAAAGCAAUACUACAGGCCCCUUUGCUUCUCCAUCGGGUAGCAGCAGUUCUUUUAAGGUAGAAAUCGAUUUAACUAAACCUGUUCUGGUACAGGCAAAGCUUGUUGAAAAGCAAGAGUCACUCCUUAAAUCACGCCCUACGCAACAAAUCAUUGAGUGUAGCACAAGUCCACGUUCAAAACGCUCUAAAUCGCUUAGUUGCGCGUUUAAAGAAGUCAUAAAUCCAGCUGGCGCGACUUUGAUCAAGCCUAAACAAGCUGCUCUGAUGUCAAAAUAUAUAUUGUCAGAGCGUCGGCACUCUACUGCAUCAGAAGGUAAAAUGCUCAAACAAAAAAGCAGCCCCCCUCGUCGUAAGCAAACAUUGGCGUCGAUGGAUGAUAUUAACGGAAAAGAAUACACUAUAAUCGAUUUAAUCGACUAUACUGAUGAGGAGCACGGGUUGAUGGAUGGGGCGCAACAAAAACUAGAUUCAGAUGAAGAAAGCAAAAAUAUAGAACCUAAUAAAGACGAAAAGAAUAUGGAGGAACAAAAUGAGUGUGAAAAUGAGUUAAAGACACCCUCAACACAAGCGGGGAAGGAAGGGAAACCAACUGAAGAUAACAAUGAAGAAAAUAUCCUCAAAGAUGAUACUAGUGUAGAAACAUUAAAUACUCACACAGCCACUGCAAUAACUACAUCAGACGAAAAUGCAUCCGAAAUACCUAUCAACACUGGUUACGAAAAUGAACAUAUCGAAGAAGCAUCACUAAAAAUUGAAAUCAUUAUGGAUGAAGAUGAUAAUUCAACAGAACCGCAACCGGCCGUGACCACUGAGACCGAAGAUAUACUGUCCAAGGAUGCUAAAGGAGAUGAUACACAAACUUCUGUCGAACACACUCAAGAUUCAUUAGAAAAGUCGCUUUAUUGUGAUGAGAAAAUCUCCCUCAGCUCGACAUCCUCCGCAUCCACUUCUUCCAGUCGGCAAAGCUUACAUGAUGAUAUACCAACUUCGUCAAAUGCAAUAACCUCUAAGAGUACUGCGCUUAGAUCAAAUCAACCGAGCACAUCAGCGGCUGCCGGCAUUGCUUCCACUGCAAUGGUCCCUACAACUUCUUCGGAAGACUCCUUAUCGUCUGCAUUAAAGAUGUUGGCCAGCUUCAAUAUGCUGACAUGGAAUCAGCGUAUCGGUGGUGCACAUGGUACUAAUAUGCGCUUCCAGUUAAAUGAAUUUAAUCUUAUCGAGAUCAAUGAACGCUGCUCACCGCGCACACGCAUUCACGCUGCUUACGAGAAGCCCAUUUAUGAGCGGGAGUCGGCACCGUAUUUGAGUGAAAAAAACGAUGGACUAUUGUACUUGUGUAGACGUUGUAAUUGUCAUGGGCCUGCACUAGACUUUUUAGCACCGGAAUUUUGUUCAUUGGAUUGUUUAAAACGAGAAUCACGUAAACGUCGGCAUGAAGAAUUUUCAACCAUUACGCGCAAGCGCAAAAACCGAGAAAUAUCUGCUCAACCUAUAAGCACAAAAUCCUUCCGUUGGUCGACAUAUUUGCCAGAAAAAUUUAAUGCUAUUGCCGCACCUGUAAAUCUCUUUAUCAAUCCAUUUCCAACUGGCCCGAACCGCUUUCAGAUUGGCAUGAAGCUAGAAGCUAUUGACCCCGAGAACUGUUCACUCUUUUGUGUUUGCACAAUUGUGGACAUACAGGGCUAUCGUUUGAAGCUAACAUUUGACGGAUGUGAGUAUAUGUACGACUUUUGGGUAAAUGCUGAUUCGAUGGACAUUUUUCCACCUGGUUGGUGCACAAAAACCAAACGUGUGCUGCAACCACCAAAGGGAAAGACGAUAGAAGAAUUCUUCUGGCCAGCAUAUUUACAAGAAUGUAAAGCUAUCGCAGCGCAGCGUAUUCUAUUUACACAUUUAAAUGCUUCAUUCGGCACACAUAAUCCUUUCAAGAUUGGCAUGCACUUGGAGGCUGAAGAUCUUAACGACACGGGCAAGCUUUGCGUUGCCUCGGUCUCGGACGUAUUAGACAAUCGCAUACGUGUACAUUUCGAUGGUUGGGAUGACUGUUAUGAUUACUGGGUAGAUAUCAGCUCACCCUAUAUCCAUCCUUGUGGUUGGCAUGUGGGUCGGCAGCAACUAAUUGUUCCACCUGAAUUCGAAAACACCACCUUCACAUGGACUGAUUACAUAAAAAACCAUGGCAGUGGCAUGGCCGCAACAGAAGAGAUGUUUUCUACUCGCGAUCCAAUCGAUUUCAAGCCAAAUAUGAAGUUGGAGGUGGUCGAUCCACGAAACCCUUCACUAAUACGUCCCGCUACAGUUGUUGGUCGCAAAGGUCAUCGUGUUAAGUUACACCUCGAUUGCUGGGCUAGUAAUUACUGCUUCUGGUUGGAAGAUGAUAGCGCCGACUUGCAUCCGAUCGGUUGGUGUGAAGCUACUGGCCAUGAAUUAGAACCACCACCGGGCUACAAAAUGCGCUCAAGCAAGAUUGUAUGCUCAACUUUCGGUUGCCGCGGCAUCGGCAACGCUAAACGUCUUUACCUAAAUACCCAUACAACGCAAGAUUGUUGUCCAUAUGCCCCCGAAAAUUGGCGUCAGAAAGUUGAAAAACCACCGCGCUUGGAGCAUGAGGAGAUUAUACGUCCACUAUCUCGCGCUAAACGUGAAAUGCAAGAGCAACAACUACCACCUCAACUGAAAUGGAAGAAACCACAAACACCAAAACAACAACAACCAAAACAACAGCUGAGCGAAACGCAUAUUUUGCAGCGCAUACAGUUGUUGGACAAUAUAAAGACACGGCACGUCAAUUUACAGGAAAAACAGCAGCAGAAACAAACGGUCGAACUACGCGCCCACAGGAUUAGCACUGCGACAGCGACAACACAGCAGCAAUCAUUGAUUAAAACAGAACACACUGAUAAGCCUAGUGCUUCUGCACUAAGAGCCCACCAUCCGGUCGACACUACAAGUGCUGCUGAAGAGUCUACGUCGUUGUUGCUACCGCAAAUAAAAAUUGCAAAAGAAUUUCUUUGCGAUUAUGGCCCACGCCUGCAGCAAAACUAUAAUAUUUGGCAACGUAAUGUCGCCUUCGACAUGCAACGCAUCAAGCGAAAUCCUCUACUCUGGACCACAAAAGACUCGUGUGCAUUUGUGCAAUGUGUUUUGAGAAACUCUGAGGCAACAGAGUCAUUUUUAUGUGAAGAUAUCGAUGGCAGCGCUCUGCUUUCGCUACAGCAAUCAGACCUUACCGAAAUUCUUCGACUUAAGUUAGGUCCUGCGGUCAAGUUGUAUUCCUGCAUUCUUCAACUGCGAACACUGGCCGUUCUUAAGUUCGAUGUAAAGAUGGGCAAUGCCCCAAGCCGUAAAUAAACACAAAGGAACUCAAUUUAUAAACAUAUAUUGAAAUGCCAAUUUCGCAAAUAUCGAAGAAAAAUACAUAACAUGUAUGUAUGUAUCUAGAUCUUAUUGCAUUAAACAUAGUACAGUAAGAAAAUUACUCAAUAAUUCUACUUUACACAUUUGUGGCACUUGCAAAGCAAAAACUGCUAAAAAAAUCAGAAUACGCUUUUGCGUAUGUAUGUGUAUGUAUUUUAAGAGUUGCAAAACUUGUCUUUAUUAGUUAAAGUAAGUUACUUUUUAAUAAUUUUGCCAUAUUAAUGAACUAGUGCGAAUGAUUGCACAUGUAAUGGAAAACGCAUUUUUUCUCGCGCGCACUUCAAGAUGUUGCCUAUUCAUAAAAAUAUUCUACGUAAUGAUUUCUUAAUGUUAAGAUUACGUUCGCAUCAUUGCAAUCAAUGUAAAAUUGAUCUGUAACUGUAUCGGCAUGCUACUUGAGCUGGAUUUGCGUUUACAAGAUGCGCACCACUCAUCUGUACAUUAAAAUUUACCUUGUGUAGAUUUUCUAUUGUAAAACAAAUGAAAUAUCAUGAGAAUAAAUAAAAGAUAAAUAUUACUUUAUAGUUGUGAAAAUGUUUUUACUGUUAUCUGUGCACUAGGCAGUUACUUCCUUUUUUAACUCGUACAAGAAAAGCAAUACAAAUUUGUGGUGUGUGUGUAUAGGAAUUAUAUUUAAAACAUCACUGUUGC